UUUUACUUAUUUCACAGAGAGUGGUGCGAAGCCGAGACUGAUGACAUGCCAUUGUUGCUAAAAAAGUAAAAAAAGUUACACACAAAUUCAAUAUAAAAUCUAAAGUGACUGGGAAAAGUACUUGUUUUUGACUUAAAUCAACGACUGAAGACCAGGAGUUUCACCCAUGCUGAAAGGCAUUUGCUUGGUUCGUCUCGUGCCAUAGAUUACAAAUCAUCACCAUGGAUAGUCAACUUCCCACAAAGGCUAUACCGGAGGAUGUUUUAGACUCACUCUGCAGUCGAUUCCUUAUCAACAUUCCAACUGAGGAAAGGAAUAACAUGAUUAGAGUGUUCUUCCAGAUUGAGCUGGCGCACUGGUUCUACAUUGACUUCUACAAGGCUGAAAAGCAUUUCCUGCCUGGAUGCAGCAUCAAGGAGUUCUCCAAAGCUAUCUUCAGGCAUUGUCCCUUCCUUACUGAGUACAUGGCUCAACUAGAUGAACACUUUGCCAAAUGGAAGGAGUAUAAAAAGAGUGUACCGACAUACGGCGCCAUUAUGGUUGAUGAGACACUACAGAAUGUGUUGGAGGAGACAGGAUUUGACAUCUCAGGACUGAUUGAAGAGGAAUAUAUUGAAGCUACAUUUAAUGAGCAACUAGCAAGGCUGUAUGUUGUGACUAAUGUUCCGGUGGAAACUGACUUUAAACCAAAGACGAGGGGAGAGAUUAAGGAUGUAAAAUGGUUUCAUGUCGAUGACCUUCCAACCCAUAAGAAAGAUAAUGCACCAAAGGUCAACCUGGGUUUGAACCCUAACAAUUUCUUCAUGGCCAUUCCCUACAUGAGAACACUGAAGAAGAAACUUGCCAAGCGGAGAGGACAGAAAGAUAUCUCAACGAUGGAAUCCCCUUUUGAAGCUCUUACGAAGUACGCCCAACCCAACCAGCCAACUGCAGGGCCAAUUAUGCUGCCACAGAACAAUCCAAACACGAAGAAGAAGGCGUCAGCUAGCCCUACCAUGAAUGGUGCCGAUAACAAAAACAAAACGAAACAACAGAGGGUGUUCUCGAGUCAGAACCAGAGCCAAAUGGAUCUCUUCAUGCGGUUCAAGGAUCCACAGCAAGAGUUCAUAAAUAGGAAGCAGGAAUACCAGCGAGAAGGUUCUCCUGGUGUUACACAGGGCCAAGGGAACCGGGGAAAGGGGCAAGUUAAUGGGACCACCAGUCCACAGAAGCAGUAUCAUAUACUGACCAGAAAUCAAGGAAGAACUGUCAAUGACUUAACCACUGAUUCAGCAAUCUUGUCCAAUGGAGACCAAUACAACAAAAGGCAAAAGUUCAGCGUGCCUGCAUUUGUGAGCUUUAAAUUGGACCCUACAGCCAUUAUGAAGGCUUUUGAAAUAGGGCUGAGUGGCAGAGGUAGCAUCCGGUAAAAUGCCAAGGGCCCACCAGCCAUUCGAUCAUCAGGAACCUUGUUGGGGGAACAACUACUGGAAGUUUGAACUAAGUCGUCAGGAAUGCACAGUCCUGUUUUGAGUAGUGACCUUUUGCUCCCCAUCUGCAUGAUACAACAUGCGGUACUUGGAAAUUCUGACACUGUUUUGUGAUGGACACACACGAGAAUGAAGGAGCCAGCAAGGCUACUUGAAGGCUUGUUCCAAGAAUGUUGCUUCACACACAAGGGAGAACUGUGUUUAUUUGGCAAUUAUGUACUUGGCAGUUAUAAAUCUGGUUUUCAACACUUUGGAAGUCCAAUUUCAACAUUUGUACCUGAGCUGUGCAAUUUGCGUUUUAGGUGACACUCGCACCUUCUCCCAAAAAUGGCAGGCCAUGAGCAGAGUCAACAGAUUGUGGUCUGACGUCAGUGCUAGGGAUCUACAUGUAGUGGAAAAGGCCUGUAAUCCCAUACCUCAAGCACAGCAGCUCUUGUUUGUAUCAAAGAAACAGCCUUAUAACUGAACAAAAUAACAAUACUUGCCAUUUCACCGUUAUGUAGGAAACAAUGGAGGACUUUCGGGACGCUAGGUGGCAGCAGACUGACCAGGUAAAUCCAUUGUUCUUGAUACAGUGCGCAUGCUCAGAACUAGGUAA